AUGGACGGCCAGCCUGUAACGGCUGAAUCCAAGCAUCUUUACCACACCCAUCCUUGGUCAGCCACGGUUUCUGCUUCAGGGACUCCCCGGGGAAAGCCUACGUCGCCAUCUGAAUCUUCGUCGAGCUAUUUCACCACUCAGGUGGAUCUCCUUCCGAUCCUGUUCCCCCAGCAGCUCUACCACGACAAGCUUCUCCAAUACAACAAGCUCGUUUCCGCCGGUCGGGGCGGUGGAGGUGGUCUGCAAACCCCGCCACUUCCUCCAGUGCUUUCGUCUCCGCAGACAAAGUCGUCCACGCGGUCGAGGUCGGCUUCCAAGGCGUCGAACAAGGACAACAGCUACACAAAGUCUGUCCUGCAAAGCUGUCAUGGGAAUAGAGCGACGAAGCCCUCUGAUACCGCCGAACGCGCGCUUAUGAAAACGGGGAAGGAGCAGGUGGCCAAAAUGUCAGCCCGGAAACCGGCCGAGCAACCCGCGAACCGCGACGUGUCUGCACGGUUACCCCCUACGUCGAGCCAAAGCACAGCUCUUGCAGCAAACCAGUCGAGCUCGGUGCCGUCGACUCCCCAUCAACAUCCUCGGACAUUCUCGUUCGAGUCCCGGGAGCAGUCGCCCGGCGCCACUCAGAACCACUCCCCGCGCUCCGCCUACUCCGAGACAAACGGCAAUGUGCCCUCCCUGCGACCUCUGCCGCCCAGGGUUUAUGGUUGCCGCUUCGAGACAGCGAUCCCUCAUUCACGUCGCCGAAUGCCAUAUAGCCUGGGGACGGACAAGCUAGAAAAGGUGGAGCCCGACAAGAUCAAGAGCCAGUUGUCAGAAGACGACGAGAGAAAGCUCGAAACCGCUGUGCGACAAUUGUACGACAGGUUACUUCCAACCGAGGCCGUGGAGAUCAACAGGCGCAGGUUGGUCAGCAAACUAGAAAAGAUCUUCAACGACGAGUGGCCGGGCCACAAUAUUCAGGUGCACCUGUUUGGUUCGUCUGGCAACCUAUUAUGCUCAGACGAUUCUGACGUUGACAUAUGUAUUACCACACCUUGGCUCGAAUCACAGCCGAAGACGUGCAUGAUCGCGGACCUCCUCCAUCGGCAUGGCAUGCAAAAGAUUGUUUGCGUGGCGUCAGCAAAAGUGCCGAUCGUGAAGAUUUGGGACCCGGAACUGAAUCUGGCAUGUGAUAUGAAUGUUAAUAACACGCCAGCACUGGAGAACACCAGGAUGGUGCGAACGUAUGUUAGUAUCGACGAUCGCGUCAGGCCAUUGGCCAUGAUCAUCAAGUACUGGACGCGGAGGAGGAUCGUCAAUGAUGCAGCAUUUGGUGGAACCCUAAGCUCUUACACGUGGAUCUGCAUGAUCAUUGCCUUCCUGCAGCUACGCGAUCCGCCAAUAGUGCCCGCACUCCACCAGCGGCAUAAUCUGAAGCUGGUCAAGCCGGACGGGACACGUAGUGAAUUUGCUGACGACAUCCCGAAGCUGCGCGGGUUUGGCACCAAGAACAAGGACAGCUUGGCCACCCUCCUUUUCGAGUUCUUUCGCUUCUAUGCUCACGAGUUUGACUAUGACAAGUAUGCCUUGUCAAUACGAACGGGGAAGCUCCUGACCAAGGCUGAGAAGGGUUGGCAGUAUGGUGCUAACAAUAACGCUCUCUGCAUCGAGGAGCCGUUCAACACAGCGCGCAAUCUGGGGAACACGGCCGAUGACACAUCGUUCCGGGGUCUCCAUCUGGAGCUGCGGAGGGCUUUCGACCUGAUUGCUGAGGGAAAGUUUGAGGAGUGCUGCGAGCAGUAUGUGUUCCCAAAGGAAGAGGAGAGGAUAUUCCAGAAGCCGUCCACAGUCCCAAGGCCCGCCACGAUCAGGAGCUCCUCCCAGCAGAAUAUCAACAGCAGCAAUGGCAGCGGCGGCAGCAACAACGGUGGCGGUCGUGCCCGUGGUGGUGGCUUCCGUGGGAGUCGCCAGUUUAGGAAUGGGAAUGGAAAUCGACGAGCCUCAUCAAGCGUCGCGUAUGAGACGAAUCCAGCCUUCGCACAGGCAGGGCUGCCUCCGACCCUGAGCCCGCAGGACCUCUUGUGGUACCCAGCACAGAGUCCCCAGCUCACCGUGCCACAGGAGCUCUUGAGCACAUCGUUCGGCGCGCUAGCCGCGCAAGAGUCAAUGCGGUUCCAGCUGUUUACUCAGUUCAACCAACAGCAGGCGCUCGCCCAUGCUCAGCGGGCACAGCAGAGUGGGUCGGCGUCCGACAGGUCCCGGACCAAUUCGGUCGACAACGCACCAUUGACGGCGCCAAUCCGGCCGGAAUUGCUGUAUGGGUUCAGCAUUCCGCUCCAGCCUCAGCCAUAUUACCAUACAGGAUUCACCACCUAUCCUUCGUCCCCAGCAUCGGCGGCUCCACCUUCCAAUGGACAGUCUGAAUUCCGAAGGAGUCUCCAUCGGGGUGCAGCGACGAGCGACUCGGGAAUCUCCCCUGGUAGCGGUGCGCUUAGGUCGCAAUCCCAACCGGCUUCGCGGAACCCUAUUGCCGCUUCGCAUUCCCGUCUAAUAAAUGGCAUGUCUAUCACAGGUUAUAUACCCGAUGAGAGAGGCGAUCCCGGGUUUGAUGAUGCAUCCACAAGGGCCUCGUCGGACUCACCACCCGAUGAUGAUGGUCCGCGGUUCAUCGGGUAUUAUGUGAACGACCAUUUGAACUCCACCAGGCCAGUGAACGGUUUCCCCAACAAUGGUGCGGCGCUUGGUGAGCCGAGCCAAAGCGGACAGGGCGGUGGUCGCCGGCGGUUGUCGACGGAUCAGUUACCGCAGUCCGUGCUUGACCGCAGGAUGAAGAGAACUUCUCGGUCUCCAUCACCCAUGGGACAUGCUAGGGCCGUCUCUGUGGGAGUGAACUCAGUGCCGCUCUCGUCACCGCCAUUUGUUCAGGCUAAUGGCAAACUGUCAUCUAAGCCCCUUGUGGUCAACGGUACGGCACCGAAAAAUGUGCCGGGCUCGGGACAUAGCCGGCCAGCAGCCAUUGUGGAGCCCGCCUUAUCGGACGAUGUGAACAGUGAAAAUCCAUUGCACAUCCACCAAGGUCUGCACCCCAGCAGCUCGUGGCCAGAGCAGCAUUCACCGUCUCCGUCAAGCAAUACAGCGCCCUUAGCGCCUGUAGCGCCGCCCGCUCCGGAGCGGCCGGUCAUUGUGAAUGGCUCGUCGAUAAACCGGUCUCCGUCAGCAUUACCAAAUAUGUUGGAUGCGUCGUUUCAACAACGUAUUGCGAUGGGCGCCGCACUUCACCUCCCUUACUCAGCCGUAGCGGGCGACCCUAACGGCCUGGCAGGGUUUUCGCGCUUGCACAGCCGGCAGCCGCUGGCUCCUCUGGACCUUGCCGGCGACUAUGGGAUUCAUCAAGACUUGCCACAUCUCUCUCCUGUUUACGAGCACCGCACGCCGUCACCCACCGUUGCGCGCAAGUUUGAGCCGUCGCCCGUUGCUCAAUCCAGCGGGCCGGGGUCGCAAAAGGACCUCCGGACUGACUUUCCAAAGCCAGCACAGAAGUUACAGACGAGCAGAUCGCCUACCGUAUCGUCAACGGCGAGGCAACAAGAACUUCCGAUGCGCCCUGCCCCUCGAGACCAAAGACUCGAGGGGCUGGCGAGAGAGAGCGGACAUGUUCGUGCUGCGAAGAGCCAGACGGAGAGUCUCAAUGGGUGGCAGAAGCCGAAGGCCCGCAAGAAGGGGGUGGCCGACCCCAAAAAUGCAGCCAACGGUUCCCCGCAAAGUGAGCAGCCACCCAAGAACGAUGCCGACCGCAAGGGUGGUUGA